AUGAACGCAUACGGUGGUGGUGGUGGUGUGAUGUUGAGGGACGGUGCAUCAGCCUGUGCUUGUGCAAGAGGCUCGCAGAUUGCAAGUUCACAUGUGGGUGAGGAGGAGGAGGAGGAGGAAGGGAAGCAAUCGGAAGAAAAUUGGCCUUCGCUUUCACCUGCCUCCUCCUCCUCCUCCACCACCACCACCACGUGCACACCUUGGAAUGGGAAGGACAUUGUUUGGAUUGUGCUCUGCCAAAUUCUUGUCUGCAUUUCGCUACCGAGUGAUUGUCUCCGUCAAUUCGACUGCGCUGAAUUCAUCCACUUCAAGCAGUUGUGUGCACGCUGUCUGCAGCAAAACACUACAGCAACUGACGAGGCAUUGCACCUCCAGUUUCGUGUUGGCGUGGAGCUGUGGUGGUACUUGUGA